AUGGAGCCUCGUGCACGCGCCGGCAAGAAUGUCGGCAAAAUGAACUUUUCCUACGCCGAACUGGCACAACUCCUCUACGCCCACGGAGACAUCAAAAAUCCCAUGCCCGAAACCGUCCGCGUGCUGGACGAGAUCCUCACCGACUUCAUGCAGUCCAUCGCCUUCGAAGCGAACCGCGCGGCGAACUACUCGGGCCGGCAAAAGAUCAAAUACGAAGACUUUGAGUUUGCCUUUCGGAAGAACCCUUUGUUUCUGGGCAAAGUACAGGAGGUUUUCGAGAAGCAGAAGGAGAUCAAGAAGGCGCGAGAAAUUCUGCGGGAUGGUGAAGAUGAGAUAAUGAAGGACGCGGCGGAUGAAGAGAAGAAGAAGGAAAAGGAAAAGGACAAGGAAAAAGAGAAGCCGAAAUCGAAUAGAGUGGAAGAGGAGCUGGGCGAAGCAGAUGAUGAUGCCGAGGCGGAAGCAGACGCUCUGGGUAAGAGGAAGUAA